AUGAAAACUGCAAUUGUCCUCGCUCUUCUUGCUGCCACAGCCGCGGCUUCCCCCGGCAAGCCGCUAAAGAACAACCAAGGGUCGACGAAUGACUCUCUUCGCCGUCGACCUGUGCCCAACCGCUGGGUCCAAGACAGAUAUUCGACGAACUGGGCUGGUGCUGUCCAGAGCGGACGAAACUUCACCCACGUUGAGGGCAUCAUCACUGUACCCGACUUGUCUGGUGCCUCGGGCAAUGCCGUUUCCAUGUGGGUUGGCAUCGACGGCGACGCUUGCCAGAGGGCUCUGCUUCAGACCGGCCUGAGCUUCCAGACUGAUGGGAGCUUCGACGCCUGGUACGAGUGGAUUCCAGACUAUUCCACGGACUAUGACGGCUUCCAGAUGAGAGUUGGCGACCAGGUCAAGAUGAUUAUCAAUGCCACGGGCGACAGCACCGGGGUUGCUGCGCUGGAGAAUCUCGCCACCGGCCAGAUGGUCACGCACCAUUACGACAGCAGUCCCUCGACUCUUUGCCAGGAUAGCGCGGAAUGGAUCGUCGAGGCAUACAUGGAUGACGGCUCAGAGGUGGUCUUGGCCGACUUUGGGGAGGUCACGAUCACCGGCGUCUCUGCCACGGAAUCUGCUGGGACGGUCAACGCCCGUGGUGCCACCAUCAUAGACAUGAUCAACGGAAGAGACCAAAUCAUUGCCAGUUGCUCUGCUGGAGAUAGCUACGUCCAGUGCAAGUAUACCGGCUCGCAGUAG